UAGAUCAAAUCGAGGCAUAUAAAUAUCCGGAUACGAGAUGGCAGAGUUAUCGUCCAACCACAGUUUGACGAAGUUACAACUCCGGUUGUAACAGAACCGCGUUUCGUUCAUCUGCAGGGUAGCUCAUGACGUAAAGCAGAAAUCCAAGAUGUCUUCGAUCAAGAUAAUUUACGUUGCACUUCUCUGCGUGGUAUCUGCUUCAUUCGCCACCGCGGAACUAACCGCAACCAAAUGCCGUGAUGGUGGUAACGAAGAUGACAUGUACUAUGCAGUCGACACUACUAUAGCCACGUGUCGUAGUGAGAUUUCGAAAUGCACCGGUGACCCCUACAAAAUCAUUGUGUCCAUACUAAUCCUCGAAUCUAUUAAAUUAACACUCUACGUGACAAUAAGACUGCUUAUCAAGGUCAUAGCGAAUUUGGACAUCCUCGAUCUUGUAAUCUCAGUCAAAAUAAGUUUGUCCGUCAAGUUAUUGAACUUCUUACUUGACCUUGUGAUAGAAUUAGCAGUUUUACUGCUAGGGACAUUGAUUGGUGAUAUCGACAUAAAUGUGUUCGAGAAGGACAUUGACAGUUGGUGCGACAAGUACUCAACCAGUAUAAAGAGCCAGUGCAAUAACGACGCCGACUACGAUAAUAUUAUCGAGAUUAUUAUAGUAGCUUUGAGCUAUUGGGCAAAUUGUUGCAAAUCAUGCUUGUGUUGAUAAGCUAUUCAAUGGAACUUUCAUUCAAUAUAUCAUCUGAUUAAGGGAUAGCUUAAAAACUAUCGAUGAGUUGGAUGCGUUUUUCCAAAAUUCUACCGGCAAUAUCGGUUGAAAGAUGACAAUCGAAUUGGCGAUGAAAAAAAGAACCAAAUAAUAACAACAACAACAAUAAUAAUAAUAAUAAUAAUAACAGUAA